AUGGAUAUUCUAUAUCUCUCCUUUUUUUUCUCUCUCGUCAUGUCUCUCUUCCUCUUUCUUUCUCUCUCACUCUCUUCUCUUGCUUUUCCUCUCGCUCUUCCUGUCUCAAUCCCUGGACUUGUUUGUAUCCCUUUCUUUCUUUUGAUUCCCCUCUCUCUCUCUCUCUCUCUCUCUCUCUCUCUCUCUCUCUCUCUCUUUCUCUUGCUAAUCGGUCUAUUUUCUCCUUCUUUUUCUUUUUACACCUUCUCUUUCUCCCUCUCCCCCCAAUCUCGCUCAUUCUCUCUCUGUUUCUCACUCUCUCUCUCACUUUCUCUCUCAAUCUUCCCUUCGCCCUCUGAAGACCCAAGUUCUCCCCCUUCUCCUCCACCUUUUUCGUCUUCGUUCUCUCUUCCUUCUUGUUCUCCUCUUCCUAUUCUUCCCUUCUCUUCCUCCUUUUUCUUUUUCUUUCCCUUUUCCUUCUCCUCAUCCCCCUUCUCUUCCUUCUCCUUCUUCAUCAUCUUCUUUCUCUCUCCUUUCUUCUUGUUCCCCCUUCUCCUCCUCCUAUUUCUUUUUCUUUGCUCUUCCUUCUUCUUAUUCCCCUUUUUCCUCCUCCAUUUUCUUUUUCUUUCUCUCUACCUUCUUAUUCUCUUCCUUCUUUUUCUUUCCCUUUUCCUUCUCCUCAUCCCCUUUCUCUUCCUCCUCAUUCUUCAUCUUCUUCUUCUUUCUCUCUUCUUUCUUCAUGACCCCCCUUCUCCUCCUCCCUUUUCUUUCUCUCUUCCUUCUUCUUAUUCCCCUUUUUCCUCCUCCAUUUUCUUUUUCUUUCUCUCUACCUUCUUAUUCUCUUCCCCCUUUUUCUUUCCCUUUCCUUCUCCUCAUCCCCUUUUCUUCCUCCUCAUUCUUCCUUCUUCUUCUUUCUCUCUUCUUUCUUCUCCCCCCUUCUCCUUCCCUUUUCUUUCCUUCUUCCUUCUUUUAUUUUUUUUCCUCCUCCAUUUUUUUUUUUUCUUUUCUCUACCUUCGUAUUCUCUUCCCCUUUUUUCUCUCUUCUUUCUCUUGACCCCCUUCUCCUCUUCCCUUUUCUUUUCUCUUCUCUUCUUCUUCUUAUUCCUUUUUUCUCUCCAUUUUCUUUUCUUUUCUCUCACCUUCUUUUCUUCCCCCUUUUUGCUCUUUCUUCUUGACCCCCCUUUUUUUUUCUUUCCUUCUUUCUUAUUCUCCUCUUUUUUUCUUUCUUUUCUUCUUUCCUUUUUUAAUUUUCUUCUUUUUUCUUUUUUUAUUUCUUUCUUUCUACACAGCUUUUUCUCCUCCUUCUCCAUUUUCAUUUUCGCUUCCUCCCUUUUCUUUCCCUGCUCUUCUUAUUCUUCACUUUUCUCUUCCUCCUUUUUCGUUUCUGCUUCUUCUUCGUUUCCUCUUCUUUCUUUUUUAUUUUUUCCCCUUUCUCUACUCUUCGCCUUCUUCUUCCUUUCCUCCUCUUCCUUAUACUUAUUCACCUCCUCCCCUCCUUUACCAUUUCCACCUCUUCCUUAUACCUACUCGCCUCCUCCUCCCCAUCCUCUUGUACAGCUCCUUCUUUAUUUAUUUUCUUUCGUCUUCACCUCAACUUUACCUAUUCUUUCACUUCUACUAUUUUUCUUUCUUCGUUCCUCAGUAAAUUAUUCUUUUCAUCUCCUCCUCCUCCCUCUGCUCCUCCUUUUUCUUCAGAGAAAAAAUUCUCUUCCUGGAAUUUUCUUCACUUUCUUCUUUUUCUUCUUCUACGGCUUUUUUUUUUUUGCUUCCUCACCCCUACUUGUUAUUCUUCAGAAACGAUAA